UAAACCAGCUCUGUCGUUCCAUCUAGCACCCGGGUUGGACUUGCCCGACCCGACCCAACUUUUCUCCUUUCUUCUCCGUCGCUCCUAGGCUCUUUUUCUCUCAACCAACCUGCAAGCGCCGCCACCCUCCGCCGAGAACACAAAGCUUUGCAGUGUCUCCGCUGCUACUACACGAGGAAUAGAACUCGAUUAGGAAUGAAAUCCUCUGCGCAGUCUCUGAUCGUUUCGUGGAUCGCAGUUAUUUGUGUUCGCUGAAUUGUCUGACUGCAUUUCGUGAUUCCUUUCCUCUCAGAGAUGCUGAAAUAAUUUCUCAUCGGGAUUCUCUUUCUCCUUGGUGAAAAUGUCGCGUUUGUACGAAGCCUGGACUGAAAUUCUGAAGAUUCAGAAGUUCCGAAGGAUGGUGUCCUAUACAGGAUUUUACUGCUUCACCGCACUUAUCAGCUAUGCCUACUGCAACAACACGACCCGAGCUGGAUAUUCAAGAGCCGACCAAUUCUAUGCAUCAUAUCCAGCUGGAACCGAGCUUCUAGUUGACACUGGAAAGCUAUACAAAGCUGCUCUUGGCAACGUGUAUGAAGAAGAAGAAUGGGGGCCAGUGGAAUGGACCAUUUUGGCAAAACAUUUUGAACGGCAAGGAAAUUCAGCAUAUGCCUAUCAUGCACAAUACAUGGCACACUUGGGCUCGCUUGGCCAACUAGACAUGGAUGGGAGCGGCGGCUAGGCUAGGCUAGGCUAGGUGCGCAACACAACACAACGCUAUGGUGAAGAGUCCAGAGUGAGUUACCUACUGUUUGGUAUAUUGAUUGCUAUUUUCAUUCAAGAGUUGCUCUCUCUCUAUCUAUCUAUGAUCUGGUUUUUCUUACUCGACUUUUCUAUCUAUUUAGGGAAGGAUUCUUUUUGUGUUUUGUGUUUGUAGCUUUUCAUUUUAGGAUUGUUUUAGCGGGGGAAUGGAUGGAUGGAUAUGAGCUUUAUAUUGAGAAGGCUGUUGGCUAUAAAUAGCAUCUCUUCUUCCUUUAAGUCCACGCCUUAUUAGUGAUA